AUGGCUUCACGGGAAACUUCAGGCGUUCUCGAAUCAACGAGCCUCACAUCCUUGAAGGUGAUCAAUGGGCCGCCCACAUCUCUUCUCCCACCAUGGAAAAGACGCAAACUAUCUCAUACAGACGAUAUCGUCGACCAGACGUCUUCAUCCCAGACAGUAUUCACUGUCAAGGGGCACGCUUCAUCCCUGUCGGAUAACGAAUUCAAAUUAACCCCGAUCGAGUUUCUACCUCGCUCUGUAUUGCCAUUUUUAUGGCUCGAUGCAUCUACAGCGAUCCAGUCAAACAAUAUCUUCGCAAGCAACGAUGCGGUCUUGGAAGGAAUGUUCAACCGUCGAGACGGUGCAGAGGAACCAGAUGCCGAACCCCAAGUGCUAGCAACACGGUCACUUUCCAACGGCGCCAUAUACGUGAUAGAGCGGGUGAAGAGGGGAAUAUAUGCGAUGACAAAGCUUCAGUCCACAAUCGAGGAAGGUGAAAUCCGAGCUGCUGCAAAAGCGGCCACUGCUAUGACGUUGAAAAGGUUUCGAGUAUGGAGCACUGCGGAUGUAUCGAAAACAGAUAAACUCACCGAUGACUGGGACUGGAGGGAAGCAGCUCGAUUGCCAGAUCAUAUCCCCCAUUUUGAUUCGUUUGCUACAACGGGUAAACUGGAUGUCUCAAUAACGUUUGAGGAUUAUUGCAGGACCGAUCAUGAACCGGGCGCGGUUGAGAGUCAGGUAUACAUUGGGGAUUCGUUCCUGGCACUUGAUGGCAUCGGAUCUAAUAUGCAGGCACAUACCCGUACUCCGCCAGAGGAUAGUGUUCGAGCACCUCUGCUUGAAGCUGAGCAGGACAACGCGCCGCCCACACCAGAUGUCAUUAUGGAGAAUCUGAGAACCCAAUAUCUGGAAGCUCUGUACAUCUCAAAGACUUCCGUGGCAUACUUUGCCAAAGGUCCCUUAACGCGAUGCCGCAAUGCCUUUGCACAGUACAGCUCAGACAGUGAAGUGCCGAGCCUGUCCAGUCAAUACAGGGAAUCGAUAUUAUCAGUCAAGAAGAUGGAUGCCAAAUAUCGAGAGACGCUUCCGGUGAUUCUUCGCAAUAUGACGCUAUUACUAUCCGACGACGAGCGCCCAAAAAAGCGCAAAAGCAAGAAGAAGAAACUAGGCAAAAAUGGACUUUACUCUGGGGAAGAUGAAUUUCUGCAAAAGUACUGGAAGUCGCGACAGGUCUCAAAGAGUCAGGAUGGCAUGGAAGAGACCAAAGAAGAAGAGAUCAAACGACACAUUUCAGAUUUGCGAUUACGAGAGACGCAACUUCAAAUCCUCCUUAUUCUUGAAACUAUACAUCUUGAAAUGACCGGUGUAGCGCCGUCAAUUGAAGAUAGUAGAGGACAACAAAAACCAAACGGGACGAGCACAAAACGGUCAAAGUCUAAGAAAGAGGAAAAUCUGAAUCUUCUUCUUGAGCUUUUUAUCGAUCGACUUUGUAUCUGGCAUGCUAUCAGCGCAGGGGAGGGUAUUAUUGCCGAGUCUCUCAAAGAGACUACAAACAAUCAUCUUUCUGGAAAGAAAAUCGAGAGUGACGCUCUGCGAGAUUUCUGCAAUGAGGUCAUCAUUCCUUUCUAUGCCUCACGUCUCCCGGAUCAAUGCAAGACCAUCAAGAAGAAGCUGGGAGGUGCUAGUGAAGUUUCUCCAAGUCGUCCAGCAGCACCACCUAAACUAAAGACUUCUACAUCUUCUGCCUCUGCUUCUUCCUCGAAGCAUCAGUCCGGUGUCGCUGACGGACAGAAGACACAGCCGCAACAAAGGGCUCGCCGUACACUACAAAGAGUUCUCACUGAUGAACAGGCAUUCAGCGCUCAAAGAAGCCGGCAUCCAUCGCUGAUGAGAUCAAGCACUACACCAGCUCUACAAGAAGUCAAGGGGGAAUCAGUCGAACCGUCUCUACCGUCGCUAGGCGGUAGCGUGCGAGGUGGCAUUCAAGUAGCUAGACGCGUUGACAAACGCGAGGUUGACUUGAAUGCAGUAGCCAAGGUGCACGAGGCAAAACUCAAGAAGAUGAACACUCUGUUGGAGCAAAAGAAAGAACUUGAUGCUGCAAUCACUGCACUGCGAAAACCGAAUCGCGAACUAGUUUCCAAGGAAAUUGCUGAUCAAGCCGAGAAGAGGACCUCGUCGAGCUCGCGCAAAUCCAAGAAUCCAGUACGCAACCCACUUGGGCAAGGAGUACAGGUCAUGGCUACACCAAGGGGUACAAGAAAGAGAGACGUGGGCGCAGAUCAUCCGUCUCUUCCGCGCAGCUUCAUGAAAAACCCUUCUAGGACGAAGCAGGGAGGUGCAGAUGAAACAUCUCCAGAGCUAGGCAGUGGCAUCUCCCUUGUCCCUGGCUCUACUGUGCGGACCAGUGUGAUAACGAGCUCGGUUACAUCUAAGCGCAAGUUCAGCAGUAUAGCUGAAACCCCUUCUCGCGGAGCUUCGAAACGAUCCGACCCUUUGAGUACUAUGGACGAGCAUGAAAGUCUUUUGAUUAACACACCGGUUUCUGUUGUAUCUUCGAAACCGUGUACUAGGCAGCUCUUCAAAGUUCCCAAACUUCCUGUGAUGACGAAUCGGUCCACUGAUGAACGCCGACCACAGCCAGAGAACUCUCCAUUUGGCAAUGACGUUACUAUCAGCAUGGAGAGUACGGCAUCAAUCGACCAAACACCACCAGCAAAGAACAAAACAUUUCAUAUCCAAGAACAAGGACUCUCCGCCCCAAAGGCGAUGACGACACCUUCAUCCCCUGGACCUGUUUUCGAGACGCCUAUUAAAGGGAAGCUACAAAGGGUGACACAAAACGAUCCCACCGAGAUAAUUCAGAGUACGCCUGUAAAGUCUAUAUAUGAGGCAUUGGGUUGGAACGAUGAUGACGAUGAGUUAGCUCUUUGA